AUGUCGAACCACGAGAUGCAAUGUGCCCGUGAUGGCCAUAGCGAUGAUAUCAAAGAGGUCGCCUACAUUACAAUGCUUCCAAACGAAUUGAUCCUGUCCAUUGCUGAGAACCUCUCCCGGAACUGCGAUCUAAACUCGUUUUUACGAUGCAAUCGCAGAUUCCACAGUCUACUGAACCAACAGCUCUACCGGCUAGAUGCACAAUCUCCUGGAAACGACUCUCUCUGGUGGGCCAUAAAGACCGCAGAUGUCGACUUAGCAAAGCGCGCCAUCGACGCGGGCUCAGAUCCGAACAAGAAACGUGGAUCGAGGAUAUGGGUUGGCCACCGGCCAUUACUGGUAGCAGUCCUCCAAGCAAAGAACACUCAUAAGAGGAAAAUUGUGCCCAAGAACGAACCGCCAGACUUCCUAGAGAGAAAUGACAACCUUAUCCGAUACCUAGUUUCCCGAAAAGUGGACAUGAACCUGGAUCACUUCCAGGACUCGCCUCUGCGGCAUGCCGUUUUCAACGGAGAAAUAACUACUGUCCGAUUACUCCUUGACAAUGGCGCCGACGUAUCGAUACAGGAUUGCCGAGGCGGCGGGUUAGCCCAACUUAUAGUCGGACGUGCUCAAAAAGAUAACCCAAACUCGCCCAUUUACUUUCAGAUUCUUAAGUUAUUACUUGAGCAUGGACUGGAUCCAAAUGCCGGUAAUCGGUGGAAAUUCACACCCUUACACCAGCAGAUAAAGGCCGUGGGAACCGGAGUAGAAAGGGCCAAGAGGAAGAACUACAAGAAUAUAAAUGAGGAAAGAGUGGAAGACGUUCUUAAGCUUCUACUCAAGCAUGGAGCUGACAUCGAUGCCCAAGACCACUUUGGUGAGACACCUCUUUCGCUUGCUCUAGACUGUUUACAUGACGAGCCCAUAUGCCUCACGCUAUUGCUUCAGUAUGGAGCCGACACGUCUCUAGUUAGCUUGCCAUCCUGUCAGGAAAAACGGGAAGCAGCACUUAAAGUGUGCGAGGAAGUUUCACAGGCGACUGGCAAGACAUUCAAAUUUCGCACCGAGUAG